AUGGCUCCGCGAAACCCUGGAGGAGACUCGAAAGUGCCUCCACCUCCAGUAGCCGCACCACUUUCCGUGGCGUUACCUCCGGAAGCGAGCGCUCCCCCGGCAUACGUUGGCCAUCCCAUUCCUCCACAGGUCUACAUAGGAACACCCGUGGACAACGUUCCCGGCACCAACUUGGGAGUGUGGACCACCGGUCUUUUCGGUUGCUUCGACGAUCUAUCGAAUUGCUUGAUCACCAUUUUCUGCCCGUGUGUCACGUUCGGCCAGAACGCCGAGAUCAUAGACAGAGGAAGCACCUCUUGUGCGUGUGCCGGGGCUGUGUGCUGCCUGAUAUUCCACUUCUUUUAUUGUUCAUUCUGGUACACAUGCACUUACCGGACCAAGCUCCGUGGCCUCUACUCGAUCCCCGGUGACCAGUGCGGAGAUUGUUUCGUGCAUCUUUUGUGCGUGCCAUGCGCUCUUUGUCAAGAGUAUCGGGAACUCAAGAACCGCGGGUUCGAUCCCUCGAUCGGAUGGGUCGCUAACGAGGAACGAAGGACUCGGCAGGUCGGAAUUGUGGUCCCUCCGUUAGUUCCCAGAGGCAUGACUCGUUGA